GUAUAUUGUCUUCUCUUGCUUACGAAGCCUCCACCCACCGGCCCACCCUACAUUUAGCGGAUCAUGUGACCGUGGUAAGUCAUUUGCAAGUACAACAGUUCUCUGUGAGCUCCCAUUCAUUUCCUGAGAACUGCCCUGAGCAGCUGAGAGGAGCAGAGAGGGGAGGGAGUCACAGAGAGACAGAGCGGACUGUAUAAGGAAGACAGUUUCUGUCGCUCGGCAGCUUCUGCUCAGACGCCAUCAAAAACAGGAUGUUAAUGCUAGACGGAAUGCCUGCAGUCCGAGUCAAAGCAGAACCUCUGGAAUCUGAGAGAGGGUCACCCAGAGUGCACAGUUAUCCUGAUAUGGAGGCCAUGCCACUUAUUCUCAGCAAAGUGAAGGCGGAACCUCCAGAAGAUCUGCUCUCUCAUGAGCAGUUCCAGACUCAGACCGAACCCGUGGACCUGUCCAUCAACAAGACACGGACAUCAUCUCCAUCAUCCAACACCUCACCCAUUACCUCAGCCUUCUCUCCGUCCUCUUCUUCAUCAUCGUCACCUUCAGUAAUCACCUCGGUCUCCUCGGGAAUGCAAUCCGUGUUGACGCCCGGGCCCUUGGUUGGAUCUCAAGGAGUUAGGGGCCAGCAAUUUUUGCACAUCAUCCACCCCGUACCCCCCUCAAGUCCCAGUAAACUGCCUAGCCAGGUGCACCGUAUCCCUGUGGUGGUGCAGUCAAUGCCCUUUAUGUACACCACAGCAGUACGCUCCCCCUCCACCAUCAACUCCACCAUCAUGUUACCUCUACUGGACGAGGCCAAGUUUCAUGCACAAACAGGCCCCAAUGGCCUGUCGCCAAGACAAAUCAAAAGUGACAGUGAUGAUGACGACCUGCCAAACGUGACCUUGGACAGUGUUAAUGAAACCGGAUCCACAGCGCUGUCUAUAGCACGGGCCGUGCAAGAUUCCAUGUCACCAUUCAGUAUUGAGAGCAUUCGACGACCACAGCCACCUGAAUCACCAGACUCCAAAAAGAGACGCAUCCACAGGUGUGACUUUGCAGGCUGUAAUAAAGUUUAUACCAAGAGCUCACACUUAAAGGCCCACCGGAGGACACACACAGGUGAGAAGCCAUACAAGUGCACCUGGGACGGCUGCACGUGGAAGUUCGCCCGCUCGGACGAGUUGACGCGGCAUUACCGGAAACACACGGGAGUCAAACCCUUCAAAUGCGGAGACUGUGACCGAAGCUUCUCUCGCUCAGACCAUCUGGCCCUGCACCGCCGCAGACACAUGCUGGUCUGAUCUGGGUUUUCUCAACUCGUUUCUACUUACACACACACAAGGGAGAGCUGGGUCUCCCCCAAUAGUGUUCAGCUGGGCUGGACACCACAGACAUGGCCGCCCCUGCCUGAAAGCGAAGAUCGGGCUACAGAUAUAAAGGAGUAUAAUGCUUUUCACACAGAAGAGUCAUACAUGAUUCAUUCAGGAACGGAGGAUGGCUCAUCUACAGGCAGCCUGUCAUCUUAAAAUUUGGAGUCCAGGAUGUCUGUAUCUCAAUCACUGCUUGGGCACAUCAUGCAUUUGAAAGAAUUCUUCACUUGUACAAAUGGUUUGUUUUCUGGUUUGUCUUUUCGAAUCAUCGCUCUUAAAAAAUGGCUGCUUUUUAGCCACCAUCUACAAUGUGAAGAAAUACAGAAUGGAUUGAAUAUGCUUGACACGGUAAUGAAGGCGAUGGGAAGAUGGAUCAUGAAUAGUAUUGUUGCACAAUUUACCUUUUAGAAAAUCAAGAGCCUGGAAGAUCUAAAGAGGAUCAGAACAUUGUGAUGAUGAUGGAUGAGAGAUUUUGGGAAGAACGUUAGGAAGAACAGAGGUGAACUUCUUUAGGUCAACACUCCAUGACACAAACAAACAAUCAACAUUUUUAUUUAUGCUCAUUGUAUCUUCUGUUCCUCUAGGUUCUGAAAUUGUUAGCUUUGAUACAAUUUGCAUUAAAUUAGAUUUUUGAAUUAAACAAAUUAUUGUAAUAUUAUAGGCGGGAUGCAUGGAAAACACUGGAAAAGGGAGUCGGGCAGAGUACCAAAUCACACUUGUAGCCGAUCAGCAGUAAAGGUCAUGCCUACUAACCGACAUCGUUGCCUGGGUUGCGUAUGUGUGGGGUGGGUCUAUCAAAAGAAUGUCCUGGGGCCUUAUUUAUAAAAGUGCAAUGUAGGAACUAUCCUACAUAUAAGACCAUUUCUGAAAUUAGCGUACGUGUGAUUCAGACGCAAAAUUUAUAAACCGCACACCUGGAAAAGAGCCGUACGCACACACAAAAACAUGCGUACAGCUCUUUUCCAGAUGUGCGGUUUAUAAAUCAAAAAUGAACUUGAAAUUGUGCGCAGCUGAAUGCUCUUAGAACUCCGCCUUGUAAACGCCCCUAGUUUAAUUCAUCAGCAUUUAAAUAUUAAAUUAUCAAAGGCCAAAUUCUCUGACUGUUACAAUGGCGAGUGGUAAGAUAACAUAUUUGUUGUCGUUUGCUUACGUUUUUAAUAAUUAAAAUUCUAACAUGGAAACUUUAUUGACAUCACUCGAGCUAAGGCGAUUAUUUGUGGACCUUUUAAUUCAUGGGUUUCAUUUAAAUAUAUUUUUUACACAUAAACGUAAUAUUUGUGUCUUAAAAGUUUUGUUUCAGUUUGCCAUGCUUCCUGCACGGCGGUGUAAAAAUAAGAGAUUUUUCAACUUUAAAAUUCAAAGAUCGUAUCCUAAACUGUCGGAAUAUGUUCCAUAUGGAUUCAUUUGGAUUUACAGAUGUUUAACAUUAAAAUCGAUGCAUGGGAAUUAAAUGCCGCAGGCUUUAAAAUUUCCUUUCAUGUCAUUUUAAUCAUUUAAUUCGAUCAUUUUUACUUUCAUUAAAUAAAGCACAUGUUCUGUAACACCGCGAAACAAUUUUUUGUUAUAUUUUUAAAUAUUUUAUGAAAAGAUGACGAACUAGAAAAUAAUUUCCUGAAAACGUAUGUCCACCCUUUUGCAUCGGAAUAGCCCAAAAUUUUAAAAUAUCAAAAUAGGCCAACAUAUUUUGAUUAACCUGAUAAGGAACACUGUGCCGUACACGGCACAGCCCCUCCCUUGCACGUGAGGAUGCAUAAACGUCAUUGUAACUUUGAAGCAUUAAAUCUUCAAAAUAUACGGUCAUGCGGCACAUCGUUGGAAAGCUUAGACUUUCGGGAUUCCAUUAAGCGCACACACAAAGCAUAAUAUGAUUUAUAGCAGUCAUAAAACUGUAAUCUAGUUGUUAGUUACCUGAACCGGGCGGCGCCGAUUUAGGAUAUUUACUUACCUUCAAAAUCUUCCCUUUAUCCGCUUCGGUGAAAUCGUCCAAAACAAAUUGUUCAUAAAUCCCCAAAAGUCCAAGGAAAUGGAAUAUCCAAGCCUUUUAAUCCAAAACGAUUUGUUCAUCUCACAAUUUUGACAUUUCUGACCAAAUUACGAUAUAAAUACUGUAAACAAUUAGUUCACUAACGGACAUUCGUUCGAAUCUCACUUUUCAUUCACGAUUUAUAAUGAAUAUAUGCGGAUGUCACGUUUAUUGUGCAACGUCUGAGGAACAAAUACGCCCCCUUGUGGAAUUUCAGCCGUUCCAUAAGAGGCUACAAUAUAUUCUAAAACCUUGUUAAAUUAUUUUAAAGUAGAAGAGGUAGAAUACUAUUCUCUAUAGGCCAUUUUCUGUGUGCAUAACUGUUGCAUGCACACGUUUUUUUUUACGUUUCCAUUGUGAAUAAACAAACAGCGCCGUUUAGGCUACAUGCUUCGUCCUUGUUGCAUAAAUUCAUUAAGAUCAUUCUGAACAGAUUUCUGUAGUUCAAACAACUCUGAAUUGAAAUUGAGAACAUCACGGCGCACUAUUAAAACAUUGUCGGGUUCAGGCUCAUAAUUACAGCUAAUGUGUCGGGCCGGACUCAGACACAACGUGCAUGGGCUUCGAUAGGGUCGGGCUUGGUUUUUUUGGGCCCGAUCUAAGCUCUAAUACAGAUGACGACGUGGAAACUGCAUGUUGGCGCUGUAAAAGUUCCAAAUAAGCCUACCUGCAAUAUUGCCACAAGGAAAUGUUUUAUAAACCUGAGCGUUGGAGUGGAUUUGAGCAUACACAUGGUCUUAGAUCAAAUCUGUGCGUAAACACGCUUUAUAAAUGAGGCCCCAGAUUCUAUUGUGGUAGGGGCGUGUUUGUUUAGGUGAUUUCAAAUAUCAACAUUGGCUUCCAGAGAUCAUGCACCCCGCCUUUAACUAAAUGCUAAUUUUAGGGGAUUUGCUUAGACAGGUAAUGGAAGAAUAGCAAUAUAUUCAUUCUGAACUCCUGAGAGGAAAUAUUGGCCUGGUUCACUUAUAUCAGGUGGCUUGAAACAUGGACAAAACUUUCGAUUCAUAUCAGUGCCACUUUUUUCAACAAUUGAAAUACCUCUAUUUAUAGUGGAUUUCUAGCUACUACAUUUUGAAGGAGUAUAUGUACUGUAAUAUCUUUAUACAGUAUGCAGAGAAAGUCUCUGUUUUCCUUUCUUUUGAAAUAUGAAGCUUAAUUGCUCAGCUGUGAGUGUUAAUGGCCAGUUGAACAGCUUUAACAGCCCAAAUGUAAGAAACUGGCUUUGUUCUUAACCCUAUAUUUACCAUUAAGUGGUCAUCUUAUAUACGGGACUAAAUGCAAAAACAACUUUUCUUUUGGUAUAAGCAUCACACCAAUUCAACAACUCCCAAAGCAGGCAGUAGAGGGCAGUGCAGUGAGUUUUAAAAAGUGAUCUGAUAGAUUCCAGAAUUUUUAGUGUUUGGUGUAUUUCAUGUUUUUAUUUUUUUUUUAAGUCAUUUAUGCAUUCAUGCUCCCGUGUUGGAGUACCAUGAUGUAAAGAGAUUAAAUGAUUUACUGAGCCAUAUCCAUUGUUAUUAGAAUCUGUACCAAUAUUCAGUAUCUAUACUGUAUAUACAGCCUCAUACAUUACACUACAUAACAAAGAUACUCGAAUGAAGCAAUACAUCCCAGUUGUGAAUACAGCUAAUAAAGCAGCUGUAAAUACAGUUUGUGUUAUAGCUAUACAUCUUCACUAAACUAUGUUGACAUGGAUUGUAACAGGAGAGCUGUCACGCAAGCUGCCUUCUGCACUUGUGAUCCAUAAGCACUUUUAAGUGGCAAGCCACCACGAUCACUUCUCCGAUGAUGGGAAACCAGCAGAUUUUAUAAAGCAUGGCUGAUCAAAUAUGCUGAUAAAGUCAUAGAUGCUGGGACAUCACAAGUAAAUUAAUGGUAAAUGUGGUGAAACGCUGUAUCAAUCCAUAAAAAAGCAACAUUGCUGAGAUAACUUAGAGAUAACUUGACCAAUUCGUUUCUAGUUACUUUGUAUGUUUUGAAGUAUUACAUUCUACCAUGUUCUUUAGUACAUGUAUGUAUUUGUGUGUACACAUGCGUGUGUUGUAUAUGGGCUUGAACAUAACAUGAGCACCUUGUUUCUAUGAAGUAAUUAUUUUAAAACAUGACAUUAAUCUUCAAUGUAUCUUAUCAUCAUAUUUUGUAUUUUUGAGGUGUGACACUUCAUCUGCAUAUGACUAUUUUCUGUACAAAAAAAAAUACUUUUAAAAAUGUUGUAAUAUAUGUGAAAGUGAAAAGCUAUCGCUCAGUUUUACAGGCUGUAAAUACCUAUCAAAAAUAGGGCUUUUUUAAAAUACAAGGGAUUAUCUUUAUACAUAUGCAGAUUUUUUCAGAGACGCUGUUUUGGGUAAAAGGAUAAAAAGCGUUCAACUGGGCUGUGCGAGAGAAUGCAGAAGGCUCUGUCGUCUUUAACGCACAGUUAGUUGCAUGCCAUUUCUUUGAAUAAUCGAAUCAAAUGUGCAUCACAGUAUUCGGGCAGUGCUGCCUUAUAGUAUAUUUAGAUGGUAAUUUUUAGCAUUUUUCAGUGUUUUUGUACUGACUCUAUAAAAUGUGAUUCAAGCAUGAACCCGAUGAAAUGAAUCUCCCCUGCACAGUAUUCAAGAGUCAUCAAUAACAAAUUUACAUACAGUAUAUAGUAAAUAUUCUUGCACCAGUAUGUGUUCAACUAAAACAGUUUGCAUUACUUACCCUUCUUAUGUGGCAUUCUCAAGUUUUUUGUGGCAUAAUUUUGUAAAGGCAAACAGGGUCAAAGUUAUGCAAUAAUAAUGAGUGCCUAGUAUUAUAAACAUUAUCUCAUACACGGGACGUUUGUGCAUGGAUACUAACAAAAUAAAGUGCUCUACAAACAAGAGCACCUGAAGUUGCCUGGUUAAAGUACCCCCAAAAAAUGAAAAUAGUUGAAAUGCACUGAGCCUUAUGUACCAUUUGUCAUCAGAAGGUGAAGCUGUGAAAUUCCCAGUUAGUGUUUGUUUGAACAUUCUGUGUGUCCUACAUUUAUUUUGUAUGGUAUUUGUAUUUUACUCCCCUAUAUGGAAGGAUGCAUCAACAGGACUUAUUGUAUGGUUUCGGGCGUCCCCGGUUAUAAUAGAGCAGUCACAAGAGCCGAAUGUUAAGACACUGGUGGCAGCGUUUGUUUUUUUGGUAAUUCCUCUGUGAACAACAUUGAUCCCUCUCGAGUCUCUGUAAAAUAUUGCUUUUGUUUCUAUAUUUACUUACUUUGGAAUCAAAAUAUUUACUCCGUUGCCUUUGUUUCUUGUUUUGCUGAUAUUCUGUAAUUAUCUUUCUUGUAUUUAUGUAUAGUAGUGUGUGUAUUGUAAAUAUAUUCAGAGGUUUUUUGUUGUAAAGUUGUUAUAUUUUACCCUGAUACACUUCAAAGGGAGUCCCUUUACAUUAAACCCUGUUGGAGGAUGUCACGUCCCGGUCAUUUCAAAGGUUGAACAUGUUUUCAGCUUUAUUUCGGUUUUUCAGAGGUCGUCUAAAUAUUCUGUGCUUUUUGCUAUUCUCUGUAUUUUCGUUUUCCAGAAGAUUGAGCUGUGAAUUGAAAUUGAGGUUACACUUGUUUGAUAAUCUAAUCGGAGGCAUGGAAGUUAAUAAACUUGCAUUUUGUAUGGAACAUGAA